AUUAAGCAAAAAAACUAAAUUGUUAAUUUCGGCAUUACGGGAAAUUUAGUUUUGGACAAUAAAAUGGCAGACAAGAACGGUGAUAAGUCUGAGAAACCAGAGAAGCAAACGAAAUUUCCGGGAAAUUUCCUGUACAUGUUCGAGGUUGUCGUGGACGAUCUGCUAAUUACACGGCAGAAUCUUUGUGCUCCCGAGGAGUACCCCACUUGCACGGAGCUCACGUUCCGCUCAUCCAUGUACAUGAACAUCUGCGACCGAGAGGUCGGCACCUGCGUGAAUCCCUGCUCGCCGAAGUGCGGCAAGUGCUGCUUGUUCACCCUGGAAUCGCCCAUCACGGACAAGGACAAGCUACUGAUCCAUGUCUACAAAAAGAAGACGGAGAGUUGUAAGUUUCUCAUCGGACUGUCAGAGUUGGCGGUGAAACCGAUUUUCGACCGUGUGCGAGAGUCCUUCGACUUGGAGAACCCCAACUGGGAAGGCGCCAUGGCGAGUCAUGUGAAUCUGUUGCCAAAGCUAAAGGGCGGCAACAACAAGGGUCUCAUGGACAACUGCUCCUGCUACAGUAAGAUCAACGAGCGCCACGAGCAGUGGUGUCCCACCUCCGAACUGUCCAAACGGCUGUUGCCCCUCUUCAAUCUCUGCAAGAUGCAGACCGGAAACAUUGUGCUGAUCAUCCGAUUGGUUUGCAAUGGUCCCGCCAUAGUUUCCUCCUUCCCGUUCAUGCGGGUCUGCUCCCGGAAUCCCAAGUGCCCGGAGCCUUGCUGCCCACCGCCUUGUUGCCCGCCGCCAUGUCCUCCACCGUGUCCCUCAUGCCCUCCGCCAUGUCCUACAUCGUGCCCAUCGCCCUGCGAUCCUUGCGAUCCCUGCGAGCCCUGUUGCGGCCAGGGUAGUGGCACUGCCACGGGUGGACCCAUGAACCCAAGUAAGUGCUGCCAGGGGCCGUGCCCUCAGCCACCACUACGCCGCUGCUCCAUGGUGGAUCCUUGUGCCCCGCGCCCCCAAGAGCCAAACAAAAUCCUGCGUUACUAUGCCUGCAACAUGGACAAGCGCUGUCCCGGCGACUAUUGUGAGGAUGAAUUCGAUAGGGAGUGCCCCACCGUGCCCUCAAAGCGCUGCCCGGCCUCGCCCAUAGACAAAAAGCUCCAGAAGUGCGGCCCAUGUGGCAGUCUGCCCGCCUAUCCCCGUUACAUUCAGGAACGCCUGGCAGGUGCACCGGCGCCUCCAUUAGAAACCGACAAGGAUAAGGGUAAGGGCAAGGGCAAGGAUGGAAAGGACGGCAAAGAUGGCAAGGAUGGGAAGGAUGCAAAGGGCAAGAAAGGCAAGCGCCAAGUUGGUGGUGCUGUUCACUGUGUGGGCAACCCCAAGGUCUGCCCAUCUGCAGUUUACGAUGAUACCUAUCCGACCGUCUGCAAAGGGAGACUCGAGGCCACCCGAAAGCAGUCCUUUGUGGAUCCCAAAGAUCCUCAGUACGAUGUAGCCUGUGAUGAAGCGCGGAAAAGGGCUAUACGGAAAUUGCGCCACUUACUGGUGAAGUACAAUAUCCAAAUUGAGGAUUAAGAGGCCGUUCGAAUUGCAAUAGGGGCAUCAAGCACCCAAUAGACACCCGUGUCCUGUGAAGUACUAUCACUCCUGCCUGA